AUGCCCCUCACCAAUGACACCACACUAAGAGAAUUCAUUCUCCUGGGGCUCACAGAUCGCCCAGAGCUCCAGCCUCUCCUCUUUGUGCUGUUUCUGGUCACUUACCUUGUCACCCUCUUAGGCAACCUGGGCAUGAUGGUGUUAAUCAGACUGGACUCUCGCCUUCACACACCCAUGUACUUCUUCCUCACUCAUUUAUCCUUGGUAGACUUGUGCUAUACCUCUACAGCAGCCCCACAGAUGCUGACUAAUCUGGUUUCACAGAAGAAGACCAUCAGCUUUGCUGGCUGCUUUGUACAAUGUUACCUUUUCAUAGCACUUCUCCUCACUGAGUUUUACAUGCUGGCAGCAAUGGCCUAUGACCGCUACGUGGCCAUAUGCAACCCUCUGCACUACAGUGUGAAGAUGUCCAGGUGCGUCUGCAUAAGCUUGGCCACAUUCCCUUAUGUCUAUGGCUUCUCAGAUGGACUCUUCCAGGCCAUCCUGACCUUCCGCUUGACUUUCUGUAGAUCCAACAUCAUCAACCAUUUCUACUGUGCUGACCCACCACUCAUCAAGCUUUCUUGCUCUGAUAAUUACAUCAAAGAGCAUGCCAUGUUGAUAUCAGCAGGCUUCAACCUCUCCAGCUCCCUCAUCAUCAUCCUGAUUUCUUACGCCUUAAUUCUCACUGCAAUCCUCAGGAUCAAAUCAGCAGAAGGAAGGCGCAAGGCAUUCUCCACCUGUGGUUCCCACAUGAUGGCUGUAACGCUGUUUUAUGGGACACUCUUCUGCAUGUAUGUGAGACCACCAACAGACACGACGGUGGAAGAAUCCAAGAUAAUAGCUGUUUUCUACACCUUUGUAAGUCCAGCACUUAAUCCAUUGAUCUACAGUCUGAGGAACAAAGAUGUAAAACAAGCACUGAAGAGAGUCCUCAGAAGAAAUAUAGUCACUAAAUGGCCAUGCCCCCAUUUCCAGUAA